UAAUGGUAACUAGCUCCGAAAUUACUGAACACUGCAUGCAGUUAAAUGUGAUUGUUUUAUUUAUUUUUUUUCACUCUUGGGAACAAAAUCUCACUGAAAACGGUACCAACUGAAGAGCAAAGUUGAAUAAUAAUGGAAAUAAGGCUACGCGUUCCCCAGUGUUCGGCUGUUAAUUGGUAAAAAGGUUUGCUAGCUUAGAGUAAAAUAGUGUACGAAGCGAAAUCACAACAUUACUACCUACUUUCCGUAUGUUAAACUACUUUCAGGUAUUGUUACUGUGGAUAACAUUUCCAACUUUAUCCUGCUGAGCAAACACCGUUUUCAUCUUGCAUUUGUCUCAGGGUUGGUUUAUUUUACCGUUAAGUCAACUUAGUAUUAAAUUCAGUUCACUGCUCUGUCACCGGGACUACGUCGUCUUUGUCCACCCUGGCGUUUCCCUGUUUUGAUGGAAUUUAUCUCCCAAAGCAAGAAAAUGAAUUCUUGCAUCUUGUCAUGGAGGAGUUGGAAACAUACGAACAGAGGAACAAUCGCAAAAGUGUGCUCCUGUUCCCGCCUUUGCCCAGCAGACUGCGGUACCUGAUCCACAGAACCAUAGAGGACCUGCCACAGUUCACCACUUUUUCAGUAGGGGAAAGCUGGUGCCGUAGAGUAGUGGUCUGUUAUUCUGAGCUCAGGGCUGAAUUGGAGGAAGAUAGUGACUUGGAGAGCAACAAUAGCAUGAGUGAAGAAUCCCUAAGAAGCAGGGAGGAGGCAGAAGGAGAUGCCAAACCUAAACCUUCAGCGUCUCUUCGCAGUAGGGGACCCAAGAGGCCAGAUAAACCACUUUACAUGCCAAGAGCUGCACGGAAGAGACUGUCAUUACAGAACUCACAAGGACCCUCAGGAGACCCGGAGUUGCCAAGUGCAGCGUCUGGUAGCUGCAGUUGCAACAAUAGUUCCUCUGACCCUUUUUCCAGUUCUGAAACCACAGAAAACACAAAGUCCUCACCCACAACCAAACAGGAGCCGUUCCCCAGAGUAACAGACAGUGUUUCUGAUUAUGGUGCUGACUGUUCCCCACGUUGCCCCCAGGAGCAGAAACAAAACUUAGUGCUGAGUCUGCAUGAAGCUGAGAUAGAAAUAUUUGAUGAGAGUCUGCCCGACAUCACGUCCAUGACACUGGAAGAGAAUGAGAAGGACAAGGAGGAUGUUACUGGUGUGUCACAGACAGAAAAUGCAAACACAGACGAUGUAACUGAAGAGAUUAAGGCACAUCUGAAGGAGGGAUUAACUAUUUCCAUUGAACAUGUACACAAUGACUACUCCGGUUAUGAAAACGUGUUCAUGAAUUCAGAUGAGUUCGCCCAUGUUAUCGAGAUUUAUGACUUCCCGUCUGUUUUCAAGACAGAUGACCUCCUGGAUGCUUUCACGGAGUACAGUGAUGGAGGAAUGAAGAUCAAGUGGGUGGACAACACACACGCCCUGGGGGUUUUCUCCAACGAGUCAGCAGCACUCCAUGCCCUUUCCAUCUGCCACCCACUGCUCAAGACACGAGCACUGGCUGAUGGGAGUAAAAAAGCCAAAGGCAAGGCCAUUAGACGAGCAGAGUUCAUCCAGCCAGUGAAGGAACGUCCAAGGACAGACUGUGCUGUUGCCAGGCGGAUGGUGACCAGAGCCCUGGGGCUACAGGGACGAGGACGGGUGCAGAGAUACUGAGGAGACCUGCUAAGGCUGUUGGGAAAUACAGGCUGUACUGAUGCUACACAGUGGUCAGAUAUGCCAACUGAUCAGGAUAAGGUCGACGACCCCCGGAGCAGACAGCGGACGUGGUGAAGCAACAGAGUGAACGAACCUCGAUACGAGGUCUGCUCUGGUUCAAGUGUCCUUGAUAAAUGCACUGAAUUAUCAGAACUGCCCUUCUGUAGUUAAACCAGACCCUCGGAACACAACUGUUUCGGGUUCUGUUGUUCGCUCUUAGAAUCACUACUAAGAAUAAACAGGUCCGGGACGGUCGAUGUGCAAAUGGAAAAUAGACACAAAAAAUGUCAGGAAGGUUCAGUGUGUUUUCAUAUACAUGCAUGUUGACUGAAAGUGAGCGAAUGUUCAAGAAUGUUCAGUUUGUAGGGAAUCUUUUUGUUUUUGUUUUUUUUAAUCCUCUGAGGAGGCAGGACUAGGUAUAUAAUUCUUUGUAAAUAAUAAUUCUUUAAUAAUCAGAUUUUUAAAAUAACAUCUAUUUGUCCUGUCUCAGAGUUCAGGCAGUGAAAUUUGUUCUGUAGCAGAUGGUAUUUCCUUUUAUUUAAAAAAAUGCAAAACAGUUUAAAUAAAUCCAGUUUUUUAACCAUGACUAAACUGGUUGCAAUAAGAAAUAACAUGAAAAUGUUUCCAGAAGCUAGUGUUUAAAAUAAACACAUGUUAUAAGUAUUUUCUUAUUUUUUUAAAUUUCAUUUUGUUUGAUCAUCUCUUUGGUAUUUAUUUUUUCCUCUUCUACCUUAGGUCAUUUGUGUUUGGUUUACAAAUUGUUCCAGGUUGUUUGUCACUCCAUGUUACAUGAAAAUAGAAAUGUCAGACAUUUUUGAUUAAAGUGUGAACAGAUGAAACUUGAAUGUAAACCACUUUUAUUAUUUUGUGACUUGUUCUUUAUUUUCCCCAACAGGUGUCUAAAAGUCAGAUAAAGCAACAAUCUUUGUAUUUAGUUCAUUUUAAUUUCCUGCCAUAUUAUUUUGUGUUUGUUUUAAUAAAACACCUACAGACAGGUGUCAAAUUAAAGG